AGCCAUUACCCUAGAGUAGGCGAUGACGAAUUUGCUGAAACAUCCUCAAGUGUUGGAGAAGGCGAGAUUGGAGAUCGAUGAGAAGAUCGGAGAAGACCGUCUCAUCGAUGAACCAGACCUCGCCGAGCUUCCUUACCUACAGAACGUUGUCUCAGAAACCUUUCGGCUGUUCCCGGUGGCGCCACUUCUAGUCCCUCGCACGCCGACAAAGGAUAUGAAAAUUGGUGGCUAUGACGUCCCGCGCGACACUAUAGUGUUAGUUAACGCUUGGGCUAUACACAGAGAUCCAAAGCUCUGGGAUGAUCCAGAAAGGUUUGUUCCGGAACGGUGUAACAACGUAGGUGGCAGCGAGAACUACGCUAAUAAGCUGAUGCCGUUCGGAAAUGGCCGGAGAAUUUGUCCCGGCGCUGGAUUAGGGCAGAGGAUCGUGACACUGGCGCUUGGAUCAUUGAUUCAAUGUUUCGACUGGGAAAAUGUGAAAGGCGAAGAAAUUGAUAUGACGGAGAGUACUGGAUUAGGCAUGCACAAGAUGGACCCAUUACGUGCCAUGUGCAGACCUAGGCCUAUUAUGGCGAAGCUUCUAAUCUAGAAUUAGAGAUGUCUUACUGAAA